AUGGCGGACUGCAAAACGAGUCCUCCUGCGAGCUCUUACGCCAAUGCUAAGGCAGCUGAUGCGGAGAGCCCCAUACACCUCGAGGACAGCUUCUCGCACGACGCGGAUAUCACCACGAUCAGCUAUGACACCAAGGGCAUCAGCGGGAUAAUCCGGUCGCCGUAUGUGUUUGGUGCCGCCCUCCUGGCCUCCUUCGGCGGCUUCUCCUUCGGCUACGAUCAAGGCGUCAUUUCUCUUAUCCUCACCAUGCCACAGUUCCACGAGCAUUUCCCCGAGGUUGCCCCGGGUCACUCUCGCUAUGGUUUCAAUACCGGCUUCAUGACUGGUAUGCUGGAGUUCGGUGCCUUUGUUGGCUGCUUGGUCUUUCCCCUGCUUGCCGAUCGUUAUUCCAGGAAACGGGGCCUCGCCAUAGCGACAGUCUUCUUUUGUGUUGGUGCCAUUAUCCAGACAGCUGCACAUAACUAUGGCACUCUCGUCGCCGGGCGCACCAUUGGUGGUAUCGGUGUCGGCACCCUUGCCAUGGGAGCACCGUUGUACAUAUCCGAGAUCGCGCCACCAAAUCUCAGAGGCUCUCUGCUCGUCCUCGAGGCCAUCUCUAUCGUCAUCGGGGCCAUCAUUUCUUAUUGGAUCACGUACGGAACCCGGGAGAUUGCAAACGAUUGGUCUUUCAGGUUGCCCUUCCUCCUGCAGAUGGCGCCUGCCCUGAUUGUUGGUAUCGGCAUUCAGUUCUUCCCUUACUCGCCAAGAUGGCUGGCCAUGCGUCACCGCGACGAGGACAGCCUGCGGGCGCUCGAGAAGCUUCGACGCCUUCCUGCGUCGGACCUUCGCAUCCAAACUGAAUGGAAAGGCAUACUUCGCGAAGUCAAAAUCCAGGAGUUUGCGCUGCAGCGCGAACAUGGCAGUAACACCAACCCUGUCGUCCUUGAGUUCAAACAGUGGGGCGAUCUCUUCAAACCCAAGUGCCUGCGACGUACAGUGGUUGCGCUUGCUAUUCCUUUCUUUCAGCAAUUCUCGGGUAUCAACGCUUUUGUGUACUACGCACCCAUCUUUUUCGCCGCUCUUGGGCAGAGCUACGAAAUGUCCCUCAUUCUGAGCGGCAUGGUUAAUAUUUGCCAGUUUGUGGCCGGGAUCCCUACGUUUCUGUUCCUCGACCACAUGGGGCGCCGCAAGCUUGCCAUCUUUGGAGGCAUCGCGAUGGGUAUUCCGCACAUCAUCAUGGCCGGUAUUGUCAACAAGUACAACAACAAAUGGGAGAACAACCCAGGAAUGGGCUGGUUCGGCGUGGCCCUAAUCUACAUUUACGUUCUUGCAUACGCCUCUUCAUACGGACCCCUGGCGUGGACUCUGCCGGCCGAAGUUUUCCCAAGUUCUAAGCGCGCCAAGGGUGUUGGUGCUGCGACGGCUAUGGUAUGGCUGGCAAACUUUAUUAUCGGCGUCAUUGUCCCUGAGAUGCAGCUCAAGCUGGGCUGGGGCACCUAUCUUUUCUUUGGUUGUUUCUGCUUUGCAGCCGCGGUAUUUUCAUUCUUCUUCGUUCCGGAGACGGCGGGCAAAAGUUUGGAAAGUAUUGCAAGUGUGUUUGGAGACAGGCUCGAUAAUGAGGAGCGUGAGCUCGAAACAGAGGUUGCUGUGGUGCCGUGA